GAGACUGGAUCCGUUCAUGUGCGCAGGAGCAGGGAUACAUCUAGCUCUCGGAACUGCAGAAGACGCUGUGGCAAAGCGACAUUCUUUCAACGCGGAGCUCGCUGGAUUCGCACAGUAAGAAUGGCGGGUGAGCAGAGGAGAACACUCCUCAGAAGGCAAGCGGUGUUUCUCGCCUUGUUUCUUUGCGCGUGGGCUGUCGGAUCCGGACCAGUUCACUACUCUGUGCCCGAGGAAAUGGAAAGCGGGUCCUUUGUGGCGAAUGUAGCAAAGGAUCUGGGACAAGACCCAAAGAGACUGUCCGCUCGCAGGGCCCGUGUGGUGUCCGAGGACAGCCGCCAGCAUUUCCAGCUAGACAGCGACACCGGGGACUUGUUUAUUAAAGAGAAACUGGACAGGGAGGAGCUAUGCGGGGAAGCAGACCCCUGUAUCGUGCACUUGGAAAUCAUCCUGGAAAACCCCUUGCAGUCCUAUCGGGCUGAGGUUUCGGUUUAUGAUGUAAACGAUUACGCUCCGGAAUUCUCCGAUAAAGAACUGAUCCUAAAGAUGCCGGAAACCACUCCUCCUGGGUCCCGCUUCCCUCUGGGAAAAGCCCGGGAUUUAGAUGUCGGAAACAACAGCCUGCAGGGCUAUGCCAUCAGCUCAGCCGACCAUUUCCGCGUCUACACGCGCCAUCGCAGCGACGGAGGGAAGUACGCGGAGCUGGUGUUGGAGCGGCCGCUGGAUCGGGAAAAGCAGGCAGAGAUCAGCUUUGUGCUGACGGCGAUAGACGGAGGCUCCCCGGCGCGGUCAGGCACAGCGCAGGUCCGCGUCAUUGUUCUUGACAGCAAUGACAAUGUUCCCGAGUUUUCCCGGGCACUUUACAAAGCACAGAUUUUGGAAAACACCCAACCAGAUUCUGUGGUUCUGACGGUUUCCGCAACUGAUGCAGACGAAGGAAUUAACGGAGCAAUCUCGUAUUCAUUUAGCCAGAAAUCCGAAACGAAUCUCAACGCAUUCGGCAUAAACCCGCUUACGGGAGAUAUUCGACUUUUGGCCCCACUGGAUUUUGAGGAAACAGACGCCUGUGAGAUAGACGUUCAGGCGACAGACGGCGGGGGGCUGUCAGCGUACAGCAAAGUCCUGGUGGAAGUGACAGAUGUGAAUGACAAUGCCCCAGAGGUUAAAAUCACGUCUCUUAUUAGCCCCAUACCCGAAGAUUCGUCACUUGAGACUGUGGUGGCCCUCUUCAAUGUGAGAGACCGGGACUCCGGGGACAACGGGAGAACAGUCUGCUCCAUAGAAGACGAUCUGCCGUUUUUUCUAAAAUCAACUUCAAAAAAUUCCUACUCUCUGGUGACCCAAAAUACAUUUGACCGAGAGACGGUGUCGGAGUAUAACAUAACCAUCACCGCCAGGGACAUGGGAUCUCCCAGUCUCUCCACUGAAAAGACCAUCACCGUGAAAAUCUCCGACAUUAAUGACAACUCCCCGGUGUUCAGCCAAACGUCAUACACUCUGCACGUCCGAGAAAACAGCGGCCCCGCCCUGUUGCUAGGGCAGGUCCGUGCUUUUGAUUCGGACUCGGAGCAGAACGCCAAGGUGACAUACUCGCUCUUGCCUGCUGAGGCCGGUGGCCUUCCGCUGCUCUCCUAUAUCUCCAUCAACUCGGAGAACGGGAACGUGUACGCGCUGCGAUCCGUGGAUUAUGAGCAGAUCAGAGAGUUCCAGGUGCGGGUGCGCGCUGCGGAUGGCGGGUCCCCCCCGCUGAGCUCUGAAGCCACCGUCCGGGUUGUGAUCUUGGACGAAAACGACAACGCGCCCUUCCUGUUAUACCCUCUGCAGAACAGCAGCUCCCCCGCCAGUGAGCUGGUGCCCCGCUCGGCGGGGCCGGGUUACCUGGUGACGAAGGUGGUGGCCGUGGACGGAGACUCGGGCCAGAAUUCUUGGCUUUCCUACCAGCUGCAGAGGGCCACGGACCCCGGUCUCUUCACGGUGGUUUCCCACAAUGGGGAAAUCAGAACCACGAGGCUCAUAACAGAGCGAGAUUCCAAGAAGCAGAAACUCAUUGUGGUUGUUCGAGACAGCGGCGAAUCGGCUCUUUCUUCCUCUGCAACUCUCACCAUAGCUCUGGUGGAUGGGUUUUCGGACGCACACCUGCAGUAUACCGAGGUCGCUGUGGAAGAGGAAGAGAAUGGCCCGUUAACGCUUUAUUUAGUCAUUUCCUUGUGCUUAGUGUCGUUUGGCUUCUUGGUUUCAGUGAUAAUAUUUAUAUGUAUCAAGCUUUAUAGAAGAAGGAAUUAUGGUGAAAAAUACGUGUCUGCUUCUGCCAAUGGCUACGGUGAUAGCAACUUCCAAACUAAUCUGGUAGAUGUGUCGGGCACCGGGACUCUGUCUCAGAGCUAUCGCUAUGAAGUCUGUUUAACGACUGGAUCAGGAAACAGCGAAUUCAAAUUCCUGAGGCCCGUUCUCCCCUCCUUGCCACCUGGGCAGGGCCCCCCUGGAACGGGCUCUGGGCGAGACCAGGACCUUCUUGCUAACUUUCACCUGAACCCGGACCUGGAGCCAGCGAAUCAGCUCAUAGGAGGAAAAUAAUCUGGAAGAAUAAUUCAAAAUGGGAAGAAUCCCAUUUUAAAACUGCUUGGUGGUGCUGUUGGCCAAGACGGCGCCGAAACAGAACUGUAGGUCCUGUAAACUUUGUUCGGCCAGACAGC